AUGGAGACCCGAGUGUUGAUAAUCAUCCUGCUGCUCUUAACGAUGGUGCGAGCCGCUUCAAAAUACUACGACGGACCGAUUCGGCCGUACGAAUUUGGGUUUAACAUCGAAGGACAUCAGCAUCGCAAGGAAUCCAAAGAUAAAAAUGGCAUCAUUAUGGGCGAGUUCGGCUUCAUUACGGCUGACAACGUUUACCACGUCACGGUGUACGCCACGGACGCGGACGGUAACUUCAAGAUAGUCAGCAUGAAAAACUACAAACUCGGCCCAAUGACGCCUCCAACUGCGCCACCUCCACCUCCGACAACUGUACCCACGACGAAGGUAGCUCCCUCAUCAAUGACUACCUCGACGACACCGCAGCCGUUCCGCAUAAUCACCACGGCCAAGACGAUCGUUCCGCUCACCACGCCGAAACCAUCGAACAUAGCGGCCUGUUCAGGAUGUAAAAUUCCCGAGCCACCCAUGUCCACGACAACGCCAUCUCCACCGGAAACGAGCACUCUGUACGUGCCACCGUUCAAGAUCGUCAACAAGAACGACUUCGAAACGAUGGGAGGUAAAACGACGCCAGGAUCGACGACAACCGAGGCUACUCCUUCAACGAGUGCAGGCGAUGUGAACGAAACCCCGCAGGAUACACCGCAAAAGUUGGUGGAGAAAGGCUCGAAACCAACCCAGGACAAUCGAUCGAAAGGAAGCCAAAACACAAGCGGAAGUACUGAUCGUGAUCAAUCGCGUAAAGAAACAGGUAAACAUAAACGAGAUGCAGUUUUGCAACGAGAUGCAACCACACGAUUCGAUGAACGAAAUACGCCUGAAAAUGAUCGGUCCCAGUCUCACUCCCGACCGGAAGGAUCCACGAAGGACACAAAACCCUCCUCCAAACCCAACCAGGACGAUCCCAUGAAGCUGAUCGAGAUGCACACGGCCAACAUGAUCCAGCACAUACUGAACGGGCUACUGUACCGAUUCAACUACACCGCAGGUUACCACGGACAUCACGAGCAGGGUGAUCGUCAGGGAAAUAAAGAAGGUGGCUACUAUUCGAUCGGCCGCGAUGGAAUUCGGCGUGGUGUGAGCUACAAGGCGAACGAAUUCGGCUUUCAGCCGCACAUCAAGUUCGAGAAGGUCAGCCCAGAGGAGACCCCCCGGGAGGACACGGAAAAACAGGCCGGCUUGAAAGGGUUCGAUUUUAAGUGGUUUUAUGGCUCGUAA